AUGGAAGAUAACUUUGAACUAGUUUUUUUAAAAGAAUUACCUUCCCUUCCAGAUUUUUCUAAAGUAUGCUUCACAGGGCUGAUUUUGAGCUUUUCUAAUUUUCCUUCUUCUGAAUAAAAUUAAUAAAAAGAUGUGCCACAUAAAAUAGCAAUCAUUUAAGACUCCACAGGCGAAGCUGAAUUGUUUCUAGAUAUGUAUAAAUUUUGCUAGGAAGAAAUAAGUGUAUUUAAGGCAAUUACAGGAAUUGGAGUCCUUAAAAAGAAGAAUAUUGGAGCAGGAUAGGUUUGCAAAAUUAUUGUUGAGAGAUUUAGAAUAAUUCACUCAGCUGAUGAAGAAAUGCUGCAAUAUUUGCUCAUUCAAAAGUAUAAGCUUAGUAAAACUUUAAAUGAACAGCAAUAAAUAAAAUAAAAAGAAUAGUAGAUUAAUUAGUAGAAGAUUGAUAAAGUAGUUUAGGAUAAAGAAUCUAAAGAGCAUUUAUUGUGGAAAUAAUAAUAAAUACCACAAAUAAAAAGCAAUUAAGAAAACAUCAACACAUUAAAAUAUAAAGAAUUAAUUGCUGGCGAGUUGAUGAGAAUAACCCAUAAAUUGCUGAUUUAAAAGCUUUAAUAAUAAUAGCCUGCAAAUAAUAAUAAAUAGAUUAAUGAAAUGGAUGUUGAAUCAAAUGAAUUAGCUGAAAAAAAAGAAGUAAUAAUUAAAAUUCAAGAAAUUGCAAAAGAUUAACAACUUUACGAUACUUUAAGCAUUUAAUAUCAAGUAGAUUAAAAAGAAUAGUAUUAUGCUAAAAUUGCAUAAUCGCUAGAAGAUUUUGUUUCUAUUUCUGCCCUUAAAAUGGUUUCAUACAUUUACCCCAAUAUUUCUUACUAAGUUUCUAUUGGCUUUUUCCAAAACAUCUUAGAUAUUGCUACAAAAACUGUGAAAGAUAGAGGAGCUCUAGGUUGUAAUUACAAAUAUUUGAAAGAUAAACUAACUAAAGCACUUAAUCUACAAUAAAUUUCAUAUCCUUUAAUAUCGGAAUCAUAUAUUAGUUAUUUAGUUCAUUUAUUCUAAGAUUUUAAUAUUAUAGAAAUAGAGAACGAACAUAAAUUUUAUUAUAAAUAAGCAUUUUAGUAUGAUGAUUCAUGA